CCUAUAGUCAGUGUAUUCCUCAUCUGUCUCCGGUCGUCGAAAGUUACAUCCUCUAGCAAUGGCCAUGUUUUCUCUCGUUCACGCCAGCCGUCUAGGCCGCGUGUCCAUCCUGUUGGCCACAUGUGGUUUGAUCCUAGCGAUCAUAGCCGUGGCUACGCCAUACUGGCGAGCCUCGGACAUCCUACAUAUGGGACUAUGGGAGACGUGUGAGAAAAGCAUUUGUAGAAGGCUGUACACAUCCGACACACUAAAGGCCCGGCUGAGUGAUGGCGUGGACGGAUGGUUUCAGUGUGUUGAAGUCCUGGAGACAAUCGGCAUGACCUUUUCGCUUGGGGCGGUUAUUGUCAUAGGCCUAUACGCAUGCGUGCCGGAUGUAUCAUCUCCCACAGUAGCUGGUUGGGGCGUUGUGACGUCAGUUGUUUCAGGGGUAACUAUCCUGGUCGGCACGGUAAUCUACAGCCAGAAAACAUCAAGUAUCCACGCCUUAGAUUUAUCCUGGUCCUUCGCUCUGGCGAUUGUGUCUGGUUGUCUUCAGUGUUUGGCAGGGUUCCUUCUGAUUCUGACUGUGAGACAGAAGAGACGGGUUGACGAUAUGUGAUUUGCAUCAGGUGCGAAACCACGCCAGAUAACUGAUGGAAUCUCAGACGAUAAUUAAGAUAUAUCAGUAGUAAACCACGUGGAAGUGGUUUUCAGCAAUACAGUAGAUGUGGUCAUAUUAAAGUAGCCCAAACGCAAUGAAUCACCAGCUGUCAUCGGAUCUACGUGCACACUCCAAAAAGACUUUGUAUAUAUGCUGUCAGUCUGACCACAGGAAAUGACCACUUCAGUGAAUAUAGAAUGUCUUUUCUGGGCGUUACUUUUUCAGUCACUAUAGAGAUAUGCGGAUCUUUACUAACUUCAUGACAGGAAACCUACUACAAGCCAGAAGAUGGUACAUAUUAAUUUCUAUCAAAAAAUAUUAAAACAGCUUUGGGAAAUGUCGUCUAGUUGAAGACGAUGUCUUUUCUUGCAAGAUAGGACGUGAUGAAAAUAUUCUGUGCUUAUCGAAAUGCUUUAUCUGUGAUAUAACUGUGAGAGGGUUGUUAACCAAUGCAACAUAGGGUGUUUUUUAAUAAUGUACCGUAGUAUGUUCAUGUACCACUGAUACAAUGUACCGUAGUAUGUUCAUUUACCACUGAUACAAUGUACCGUAGUAUGUUCAUGUGCUACUGAUAUAAUGUACCGUAGUAUGUUCAUGUACCACUGAUACAAUGUACCGUAGUAUGUUCAUGUACCACUGAUACAAUGUACCGUAGUAUGUACAUGUGCUACUGAUACAAGUGUACAAGGAGAAUGUGCUUAGACCAGAUACAAAUGAUUUUCUGGCUUAACUGGACUAAUUAGUCUGCCAUCAUCGCAUCACAGCCAUAACUUAUGAUCAUUCUCCACACGUCUGCCAAUUCACCAGCCUAAAAAUAGGAACAAACCACAUACUUUUGCUGAUAAAACGACCGUAGCUUAUUUAGCGACCAUUUUGAUUCUCUAAAUGAGUGACCCUUUUGAAGAAAAACAUCAAAAAAUUCACAGUUUCAAUUUAGUUGGAAUUUGACUACUUUGUGGUUUGAUUGGCUGAUCCCAGCGUUAUUGUUUUUUACCCAAAGAAAUGGGUGAACUAGUUGCGUAACUUAACCCAGAUUCCCAGCGUUCCAAAACGGAAAUUUGGUGAAUUUGUGGCUAAUGAAUCAUUGAAAUCCAUCUGUUUCUCUUUAAGAAAAUGAAAUUUCGUACGAGCAAACACGUGUGGACAUUCCUAUGAAGAUGGCCACAAGACCAGCAGAAGUCUAGUAUUACCUUGAUCUGGCACUUGACAAACUGUCCACUGGUCGCAAAUGGCAUUUGCACCAAACCAGAAAUGAUGCACUUGUCAGUGGUACUUCCAGCAAACCUUCGCCCCGACGUUUGUCGUGGAAUAAUUUGUAUAGACUAGCUUAUAUAUUUUUUAAUCUUGUUGAUCAUUGUUAAAUCUAAAGGUAAAAUAUUAACGCAUAAAGACAUUUUCACCAUAUGUUUCAAGUAGGAACAAAGGGCGAUAACAGAGGCAGGUACUUGUUGAAUAAUUUCGUUUACAUUUAUUUUGUCUUAUCAUGUUGAUCAGAGGCAUCUUGCGUACAUGGCGUUGGGAUCAAGGGAGGCUAUCUGUAACACAAGCUUUCUUUGGUGAAAACCAACAGUUCCGUACGGUUAUCUCCCAUACAUCGUAUGACAGUUGCAAUGUAUGGUAGUAUUUCGACUUUUCUAACAAUUCUAUAUCGGGCCUACAUGUGAAAUAUGUUCACCAAGAUAUACUUCAAAGAAAUAUGUUAAUCAAGCCUUGGAUUGAACUGUUUUACUCAAAAUGGUGCGAAAUCUAAUAUUUCUGACUACAACUUAGUAAUUCUUUCAAAAAUGAAGUAUUGUAUGCAUGUAUAUACAUUUAUAUUAAAGGCUUGAUACAGUAUAUGCGCCAAUCUUUGACAUCGUGUUGUUUAACAUCCUUUAAUUCUACAUUGUAAAUACGGCACCCCAUCUGCAG